CUCAGAGGAUUCUGACAGCAUCUUUGCGGAAGAGAGGCAACGUGCGCUCAAAAUAGAAGCCACAGCUCCUUCUGCUGCAUUUCUCUCCUAACUGUGAAUACCACACCAUUCAACAAGAUGUGCAAAGGACUUGCAGGUCUGCCGGCUUCCUGCCUAAAGAGUGCAAAAGAUAUGAAACAUCGGCUAGGCUUCCUGCUGCAGAAAUCUGAUUCCUGUGAACAUAAUUCUUCCCAUAGCAAGAAGGACAAAGUGGUUAUUUGCCAUAGAGUAAGCCAAGAGGAAAUCAAGAAAUGGGGUGAAUCAUUGGAAAACCUGAUUAGCCAUGAAUGCGGGCUGGCAGCUUUCAAAGCUUUCUUAAGGUCUGAAUACAGUGAGGAGAAUAUUGACUUCUGGAUCAGUUGUGAAGAAUACAAGAAAAUCAAGUCACCCUCUAAACUAAGUCCCAAAGCCAAAAAGAUCUAUAAUGAAUUCAUCUCAGUCCAAGCAACUAAAGAGGUGAACCUAGAUUCUUGCACCAGGGAAGAGACGAGCCGGAAUAUGCUGGAGCCUACAAUUACCUGCUUUGAUGAGGCCCAGAAGAAGAUUUUCCAUCUUAUGGAAAAGGAUUCGUACCGCCGCUUCCUCAAGUCUCCAUUUUACCUUGAUCUGGCCAAUCCUUCCAGCUGCGGGGCAGAGAAGCAGAAAGGAGCAAAGAGCUCCGCAAACUGUACAUCUCUGCUUCCCCAGUGUGCUUAAGUCUCACUUGGAGGCAGAGGGCCACAAUGCCAAGACUAUGCUCUGGAAAACCUGAGGCCAAAUACUGAUCUGUAUUAAGCACAGUGCUUUAUCCACAUUGUAGCCUAGUGUUCAUGCUGCCUGCCGUGUGGGAGCCACUUCUGUGUAAAAGCUAGAUUUAGUUGUGGGGUUUGGGUACUCAGCAGGGUGGGACCCCAUUCCAGUCCAAUUUCUCCAAGUAGCUUGAGGCUGGCAUGGGAGCAAGUGUCCAGAUAAGGAUCUCGCUUGUAAGUCUGGGUUUUCAAAGGCUGUUGGCAGUGCACCCCUUCCAGCCACUUGACCUCAGGUUGGCUGGUUGGUACACUUCUGUGACAUCCACAUGCACAUGUGUUCUGUGCUUAGGUGAGGUUGAUGUAUUAUACACAAAUGUGUGCAUGUGUAUAUAUUAAAUAUAUGUAUAAUAUAUACAUGUACAUUCUGUACAUAUUCAUAUGUGUUUAUGUAUUCAAAUGUGUGUGUGCUCUGCAAGAUUAGAUGGGAAAGACCCCAGGUGCUUAAAUUAGAGUGUGUGUAUGUACUUAGAUGCAGGUUCUGAUCUUUGAACUGCAUUUGAACAGGGGAAAGUGAACUAAUUGCCAUGUAUGCUGAGAGAGGAAGGUUAACUUGUGAAAAGUUGGUUCCAGAAAAAUCAAUGGAUCUUUCUGGAGAUGAAUCCAAGAGACUUGGUGUUUAAUUUACCACAGAUGGUCUCCAUCCUGAGCACUAUUAUAAGGAACAGAUACUGUAAAGAAUUAUAUGUCUGACUGACCCUGAACUGUCCUGCACCGGUUAUCACUAGUGGCACUUUUGAGAGCCUAACCUGCUGGCUGUCCCUUCUCUGCCUGGGUGCUCAGGCCAUGCUUAUUGGUAGCUGGGUGGGUCUAGAGUCAGGAGAUGGCAGGCUUGAGAUGCAGGAAGAAAUGUAGGCAAGGCCUUGCUGGCUAAGCCCUACCAUAGGUUACAUGCUGAGCGAGGGCAUAGAAUUUCAAGGUUAUUAUUUUUAUCCCCUCUCCUUAUUUUCCUCUCUUGAUCAAGGUGCUUUUCUUUUUUUCCUGAAAAACUUAGCCAACCAAUGAGCCUCCUUAGUUCACUGUGGCUGACCCAAUAAUGGUUCUAGGUUAUAUGCCUACAUUUAUAAGCCUACAGCAGGAAAAAAAUUGUUUUAGCCCUUAUAAGUUUUCUCUUUCAAGACAAAAUCUUGUUUAUUCUAUCCCAACCAUUAGAGUUGAGCAGAGAAUGAAGCCAUUUCUUUCUAGAGGUUAAAGGAGAGAGAGGAGGAAAAGAAAAAGAAAAGAAAAGAAAAGAAAAGAAAAGAAAAAAGAAAAAGAAGGGACACUAAUUGUUAGAACUACUGUCUGAAACUUUUCAAGGCACAUGAAAUACUUGAAAAUUUCUCAUUUAUGUUAUUUAUGAUGUUUUUACAAUGUUUUUUAUUAUUGUAUUGUUUUAUAAAUGAAGGUACAGGAUCUUACCUGAAUUACUAAUGAAUGCCUAGGAAGUAAUUUUCUUCUCAUUCUUUUACAACUAUUGCCUUUCCAAAUAUGCACACACAUCCAUGCAUCCUCUCCACCACACACACACACACACACACAUUGCACCCAUUGUUCCAGUAUAAUUUACAUAUAUGGCUCCUUUGUGGCUUUUAAGUCAAAUACUGGGCUGUAAAAUGAAGUCUGUGAAGUGUGUGUAUGCAAAUUCCAUUGUGUUGAUGAUGUAGGUUUUCUAUUCCCUCUUGUCUUUCUGGAAGUUUUGCUCUUAAUGUCCCCAGAAUUCCUCAUCAGUGUCCCUUUUUUCUAUAUACAGUUCUACAUUAUGUCUGUAGCCAACUCCAGGAUCCAAAUGUAUGACUUCUUGGUCUUGCCCUAUUAAAUCAUCAUGACUUGCAGAUUGUACCUGUCCUCACAGACUGCUGUCUCAUACAUAGGUCUGGAGGGCCAUUCUGAAUGAGAAGUAAAUUAUUUUAUGUAAUACA